GGUCCGGAUACGAUUUGGAUACGUUUUAGGAUACAAUUGUCAUUUUAACGUUGAUAAAACCAUGACAAAUGUAUAAACCGUACCCAUGUUGUUGAACCGUCCUUUUUUCCUUAUGGAAUGACAAUAAUUAAUUGAAGCUUUUUACUUCUGUGAAAGCAUUGUAAAACAGGGAAUGCUUCAUUCAAGGGGUGAGCUACUUCUAAUGCUAGAUGCAGAUGGUGCGACAAAGGUUAAUGAUGUAGAAGAACUUGAAAAACAGAUCCAUACAGAGUUUAUGCGUGGGAACUCGCCUUCUAGUAAUUCAAAUUCUAAAAUAUCUGAUAUCCCAAUUGCUGCAUUUGGUUCCCGUGCUCAUCUCGAGGAGAAGGCCUUAGCUUCAAGGAAGUGGUACCGCAAUUUCUUAAUGAAAGGUUUCCAUCUUGUGGUUCUUCUGGCUGCUGGUCCUGGAAUUCGUGAUACUCAGUGUGGUUUUAAGUUGUUCACUAGGUCUGCUGCAAGGAAGCUUUUCACUAACAUCCGUUUGAAGAGGUGACUACACUUUAAAUAGCUGAACCUUUGUUUUCAUCUCUCAGAUGCAACUACACUUCAAAUUUUCAUUUGCAACAGUUUUUCUGUGUUUGGUCUCAUGACUCGUAUAUAAAGUUCUUCUGUGCAUCUCUGAGACUAUAUAGCAUGGAUACGGGAAAAACUGGGUAUGUCCGUAUUGUAUCCGUAUCGUUUUGAUUGUUUCCUUAAUCAUGAGCUUCUGCACAUCUGGACUAUAUAACAUGGUUCUGCUUGUUUCCUUAAUCAUGAGCUUCUGCACAUCUGGACUUCCUCGAUUGACAAUUACCACCAAGCGUGAAUGUCUU